AUGAAAGGGCACCCAAAUAUCCGUGACGUAAAUGGGUACCAGCCUAGCAGGGGGCGGGAACGUCUUCAUGAUCCCCCUUUGGGGCCCUCACCGGGGGCAGUGCCGGUCUCGGCAGAGGGUUGGAAAGAAGGGACCAUAAAAGCGCCGCAAAAGUCACUGACACUGGGUCGAGAAGAGGAGCAGCAGCAAGGACAGAAAUACACCGGGGCACAGCGCAGCAAAGGGCAGCGACAAUGGCGAAGUAGGGGGGCCAGAUCGCAGCAGUACCUACAGUAUGUGUGGCGGCCCACAACACAUGAGAAAGCGGAGGUGAAAAAGCAACAUGGGCAACAGCAUCAGCAAGCGAACUACGUGGGGCAGAAUCACAAGGAGAAGCAGAAAGAGCAGAAUGAGAGGCAGCGCAAACCGCUACAGCGUGUACAACGGGGGAACUCAUCGCAGCAACAAGAGCAACAACCCAAAGUGCACCAGGAUUGCCGGAACAUGCAACAACAACCACUUCAGGAUCAAAGGCAGAAAACUCCCAACCAACAGCCGCAGCAACGCCUGCAAGAACAGCAGCAUAAGCUAGGGGAGAAGCAGGAGCAGAUACGGCGCCAAGUGCAGAGGGUUGUGUCUUCUCGACCCGUUUGCGUGCGACCCCCACUGGUUGGAGGGACAUCUGCUGUGGUGCUGGAGCUACAAAGACUUCGGCGUCAGUUUAGCAGCACCUUUUCUCUCUUGUCCUGCCACCCGCUGCUUUUACCCAUGUUGCAACAGGACCCGUAUAAUGCAACUGCGGGGGGCGCAUUCUUCUGUAAGGCCAGGCCCCUUCCUCCAAGGAGUUCUCCUCCAGAUGCAGCAGCUCACUUCACAAUUUGCCAGUCAAGCAGCACUGAUUCGGCGAAUCGCGACACUCUACAGGUAGCACCUCCUAUAGACCGCGAGAAAGACCCUCAGGCCUGGGGUCCAGUUGGCUGUAGACCCAAGGCUGCUACUGGUGAACAAAAAGAAGCCAACUGUGAGCCGGAGAUUGCCAGCUCGAUAUUAUGCAAGUUUGAGCUGCUGCUUACCCCAACGGAUCCAGAUUUUGAUACGAAUAUGUUGCCCAAUGGGCUGCGCCUGUGUGUGACAAUGAGGAAGUCUUAUCCGGGGGCUGAGGCGGUACUGGGGGACUCGUCUGGACUGAAAGAUGACUUUGGCGACGCAUCAGAAGGCACAGCUGCUGCCACUUCCGCUGUAUCUGUUUCCGAUGGGUCCGUGAGCAGGCCAGCGCCACGACGCGCAGCCCAGGAUGGGCCCGAUUCUGCACUCAGUGGCCAGCAAGCAGCAGCAGGUCCUACAUUUACAGAAACACAACGUGCUGCCGGUGCUUGCAGUGAAAGUGUUUCUCAUGCGUCCUCUAGUGAAGGCGGUGCUGCGGUUAAGGGGCUGAGUAGAGGCUCUUUGCCAUCUGUAGCCGUUUUAGAGGUAUGCAGCAGAGAGAUAAAUGACUUGCGCCGCGAUGCUAUAGAAUUAGUCUUCUCCAAAGUCAUUGAGCAACAACUGACCAGGCACGAAAAAACAGAUCUUGUAAGGACAGCUAUCAAGGCGUUGGACAGACACUUGAGGGGAAUUUUCGAGCUCGAGUUGACACAAGAGGGCGCAUCUCCGCAGAUGCAUGAGCAGCCUUGGACUGAAGAAGAGCAAAGAAGACUAGAGGAAGCGGUGGUGUUAUACCGCCGGGUGGCGGAGCCAACUUUACGUUGGCGGAACAUCAGCAGUCAUGUGGGCAGCCGCACGGCCAAAGAGUGCGCCAUUCGAUUUCAACGGUGCAGAGAAAACGUGUUAAGUCAACGUCAACAGGCAGCAGCAAGAGAACCAAGUGUCAACAAACCUGAGAAGGCUGAGGAAUUGCACGAAGGCACGAAUGAAGCAGUACCUGACAGCAAAGGAGAAGAUGGAGAAGCCCAGGUGGAGAUAAAUAAGGGGCCGUCUCAAGCAGUGCGCGGCACCGACGUCUCUCUGAUUGACAGCACAACAGAAGGAGUCUCUUCUUUGCAUCUGAGUUGCAUCCAACUCCAAGUUACCUGCGGCCGGUGCAGAGCUGUAGUGGACGUGCGCGUGCCCUUGCCAAAGGAUGGAGCCUCUCUGGAGCCUGCAGGUAACCUUUUUCAAUGCUAG